AUGGUGGUCCUUUCAGCGGCCAUAACCACGAGGAGUGGUAAACCAAUUCUCGCCCGACAGUUCCGACAGAUGCAGAGGUCUCGAGUCGAAGCACUUCUCGCAUCCUUUCCCAAGCUCGCAGACAGCGCAUCCCAGCACACCACUGUCGAACAGGACAAUGUCCGUUUCGUGUACCAGCCAUUGGACGAGCUAUACAUGGUUCUGAUCACCAACCGACAAUCAAACAUCCUCCAGGACAUUUCCACACUACACCUGUUCGCGCAGGUGGUCAGCUCGAUAUGCAAGAGCCUGGACGAACGCGAGAUCUCCCGAUGCGCCUUCGAGCUCCUCUCAGCAUUCGAUGAGGUCGUGACACUUGGCUACAGGGAGAACCUCACUCUCAGCCAGAUCAAGACAUUCCUCGACAUGGAGUCACACGAAGAACGAAUUCAGGAGAUCAUUGCUAGGAACAAAGAGCUAGAGGCAUCGGAAGAACGGAAACGAAAGGCCAAACAGCUGGAGAUGCAGCGCAAGGAGAUGUCCCGUGCUCAACGAGCGGGAGGUAGUGGGAACAUCGGAGGCAUGUCACGGACGCCGACGUAUCCUACAUACACUCCACCAGCUUCCACGCCCAGCAUGACCGACUCCUACGAUUCGUACAACGCAGCAAAGAACCAGAGCUUCAGCAAGCCACUUGCGGCACGAGGGAAGGGCAUGCAGCUGGGCAAGAAGAAGGCUGGCAACUCCAUGUUCGAGCAGGUCCGCGGCGACCUUGGACCAGAAGCAGAGGCGAAUGCCCCACUCGCUGGAGUGCCCGCACCAUCCGCACAGCCUGUGCAGCCCUCCAUUCCAGCGACACAAGGUAGCAUCGACCGAGAAGGCAUUCAUGUCACCGUCGCCGAAGCCAUCUCCGCUCGCCUGUCCCGCGAAGGUGCAAUCGAAUCCUUUGAGGUCAAGGGUGAUCUUCAACUCCGCAUCACAGAUCCUAGCUUGACACAAAUCAAACUGGACCUUGCAUACGGCGACAUCAAGGGAGCACAACUCAACGCUCACCCCAAGGUUGACAAGGCGCAAUUCAAGAACAACAGCACCAUUCAACUCACAGACACAAGCAAGGGUUUCCCCGCGAACAACAGCAUCCAAGUCAUGCGAUGGCGACUUGUCGCCAAGCCAGACGACAUCUCCGACCCACCCAUCAAGUUCACAGUCUGGACCUCCGAGCUCUCACCCAACACAUACAGCAUCACAGUCGAGUACGAGAUGACCGGAUCGGAUCCUCUGAAAGACGUGACUGUAAACAUCCCAUACUCCACUUCCGAGCCCUCCGUCUCUAGCUUCGAUGCUACGUACGAGGUCGGCGGCGACAGCAUAGACUGGACAAUCGGCGAUGUGGAUGACAGCAACCCAAGCGGGAGCUUUGAAUUCGAGGCGCAGGCGUCUACGGAGGGUGACUUCUUCCCUAUGCAAGUUCGCUUCGCGAAAAGCAAGCCUUGGGUGGAUGUCGACAUCAGCAGUGUCAGCUUGCUGAACAUGAACCAGGAUGUUGGAUUCAGCAAGGAUGUGAGGUCGGUAGCGGAGGGAUAUCAAAUUGUUUGA